UUUUCGGACAGUCAUGGGCGGACAUACAAGUAGCGCCCGGAGACGCUCUGAUUUUCUCGCUGCUCUCUGCACACGACUGCCCACCCACCGACUCCUCCCUGUCGUCGACUGUUCCAAUGUCUGACCUCGAGUCCCACGCUUCCGCCGCAAAAGGCGCUGACGCCACCUACGCGCUCGACGAGCGCCGUCGUGCUGCCCUUGCCGAGGUCGACAACGCCAAGUUCUCUUGGUUCCACGUCAAGGUCUGCUUGGUCGCUGGUGUCGGCUUCUUCACGGAUGCCUAUGACAUCUUCGCCAUCAACAUUGCGGCGACCAUGCUCGGCUUCGUCUACGGAAAGGGCUCUGCCACUGCUGCGGGCAAGCUCAACCCGAACCAGGACCUCGGUGUCAAGGUUGCCGUCCCCAUUGGUAACCUGUUCGGUCAGACUUUCUUCGGUUGGUUCGCGGAUGUCGUCGGUCGCAAGCGCAUGUACGGAAUCGAGCUCAUGAUCAUCAUCGUCGGUACCUUUGCCCAGGCCCUUGCUGGCAACGGCGGCGCUGUCUCCAUCAUCGGUGUCAUCAUCGUGUGGCGUUUCAUCGUCGGUGUGGGUAUCGGCGGCGACUACCCUCUGUCCGCCACGAUCUCAUCCGAGUUCGCUGCCACCCGCAUCCGUGGCCGCUUGAUGACGGCUGUCUUCGCCAACCAGGGAUGGGGUAACUUCACCGCUGCCCUCGUCGCCCUGUGCAUCACCACCGGCUACAAGCACAAGAUCCUCGCCGACCCGGCCAUCAACCACGUCCCCACGGUUGACUACAUGUGGCGUCUCCUCAUCGGUCUCGGCUGCAUCCCCGGUGUCGUCGCGCUGUACUUCCGUCUCACCAUCCCCGAGACCCCGCGUUUCACCAUGGACAUCGAGCGCAACGUCGUCCAGGCCACCGACGACAUCGAGAAGGUGCUCACCACCGGCGACUUCAACCGCAACCCCGAGACUGUCGCUCCCCGCGCCGAGAUGCCCCGUGCUACAUGGGCUGACUUCUGCGCUUACUUCGGCAAGUGGGAGAACGGCAAGGUCCUGUUCGGUACUGCCUACUCGUGGUUCGCUCUCGAUAUCGCUUUCUACGGUCUCGGUCUCAACACCUCCACGAUCCUGACUGCCAUUGGUUUCGGUAGCGCGUCCAGCCACGGCACCCGGAACAUCUACGACAACCUGCACAACAUCUGUGUCGGUAACUUGAUCCUGUCUGCUGCUGGUCUCAUCCCGGGAUACUAUGCGACUUUCCUGUUCAUUGACACCUGGGGCCGCAAGCCCAUUCAGCUGAUGGGCUUCACCAUGCUCACCAUCCUGUUCAUCAUCAUGGGUUUCGGAUACGACAAGCUGACUGCCACCGCCUCGUCCAAGGGUGCCUUCAUCUUCCUCUACUGCCUGACCAACUUCUUCCAAAACUUCGGCCCGAACACCACGACCUUCGUCGUCCCCGGCGAGGCCUUCCCCACUCGUUACCGCUCGACCGCGCACGGUAUCUCCGCUGCGUCCGGCAAGCUUGGCGCCAUCGUUGCGCAGGUCGGAUUCUCCAAGAUGGUCAACAUCGGCGGACCCAACAAGUUCGUCAAGCACAUCCUCGAGAUCUUCGCGUUCUUCAUGCUGACGGGUAUCUUCUCGACGCUGCUCAUCCCCGAGACGAAGGGCAAGACGCUCGAGGAGCUGUCGAACGAGAACCAGGACGGCUUCGUUGGCGCGCCCGCCGCACACUACGAGGUGCAGGACGGUGCCGUCACUGGCAAGCGCGUUUAGAGUAGCACCCCUAAUAUCCUAUACUACUCCUUAUGUCGUUACGUAUCUGACGCUAGAUUAUUCCCUCAUUUUGCUGUUACCACGCGUUCUACAUGGCCG